UUACUGACAGGUGACAAUAGUAAAUUUUUGUUAAAAUAUACCAACACAACAAAAUUCUAAAAACAAUAACAUACCCUAACAAUAAAUUCACACACUCAUAAAAAUAAAUGGGACAAGAUUUCCUUUAAAGAGGCUUGUGACACUUUUCAAAAAUGAGCAAAACAGAUAAAGAAGAUGAAGAAGUCUAUGGGGAUGAUUAUGAUACAUAUGAAAGGGAAAAAGAGUUUGUCCAAGAUGUAGCAACAAAGCAUAAUGUCGUUAUGUUCAGUAAAACAUGGUGUCCAUUUUGCAAAAAAUUAAAGGCCUUGUUUGAAGCGAAUAAAAUAAGAUAUAACGCUUUAGAAUUAGACACCCAUUCCAAUGGGCCAAAUAUCCAAGAUGCACUGGAGGAACUCACAGGUUCAAAAAGGCCAGUACCUGCAGUAUACAUAUGUAAAAAGUUUAGAGGAGGCUAUAAUGAAAUUUAUUCCGCAUGGGCAAAUGGAACGUUAGAGGAGUGGUUACAAUGUAAAGAAACUGACUUUACAUUUGAUUUGCUAGUCUUAGGGGGUGGAUCAGGAGGAAUUGCAGCAGCAAAGGAGGCAGCUAAGCUUGGGAAAAAAGUAGCGAUAGUCGAUUAUGUAGCCCCGACACCCAAAGGCACCACAUGGGGCCUUGGUGGCACUUGUGCCAAUGUCGGUUGUAUUCCCAAGAAAUUAAUGCACAGGGCAGCCCUCAUUUACCAUGAUAUUAAAGAUGCCGAAAGCUUUGGCUGGGAAGUCGAGCCACCUGAAACCCACAAUUGGGAGUCUAUGAUUGAAAAAAUACAAGAGCACAUAGACUCACUAAACUGGGAGUACAAAAAACAGCUUAGAGAACUGGGUAUAGUAUACCAUCAAGGCAAAGGCAUGCUAAAAGAUAGGCAUACAGUUGAAGUUAUUGGUAAAGAGGGGAAGAAAACCGAGUUGCAGGGCAGCACUAUUUUAAUUGCUGUUGGAGGAAGACCAAUGUACCUUGAUGCUGUUGGGGCAGAAAAGUGUUGUAUCACAUCGGAUGAUUUAUUUUCAUUAAAAUCAAACCCAGGAAGAACACUGGUCAUUGGUGGAGGACAUAUUGCAGUUGAAUGUGCUUCAUUUUUAAAUGUCUUUGGAUGUGAAGUAAAGGUUUUGGUGCCAGAUCAAUUCUUGGAACACGUGGACUCGGGUAUGGCUGAAAGAUUAAAAUCACAUAUGGAAACAAGAGGGGUCGAGUUUUUCAUAGGUGCCAGACUUCAUAGUUUUGGAAUGGAUUCCAACAAGAUUUUAGUACAAGGGGUCGCCAAAGAUGGUGAAAGUUUUUCUGAAUUGUUUGAUUGUGUCAUAUUAGACGUUGGAAGAUGUGCAAACACUUAUGGCAUCAAUCUUGAUAAAAUAGGCAUUGAGACAGAGCCAAAAUUCGGUAAAGUGAUUGUCAAUGAAAGAGAUCGAACAACAGUCAGCAACAUAUUUGCCAUUGGGGAUUGCUCUACUAGAGGUGGUGGAGGUGACCUUUGCAUGGUUGCCCGCAAGGAAGGGGUGUACUUUGCCCGCAGACUAUAUAAGAUGACUGAUGCAUCCAUAGAUUAUAAUACAAUCCCUUAUACAAUUUUUACAACCCUUGAAUAUGGUUAUGUAGGAUUAACAGAAGAAAACGCAAGGAAGAAAUUCGGCGACGAUGUUGAGGUCUAUCACAAUUUAUUCCAACCAUAUAUUAGCAGAGCUGCUCAAAGAUUUGACUCAAGAAGUUAUAUAAAACUUAUAACAUUGAAGACAUUAGGCAACAAGGAGAAAAUAUUGGGCAUUCACAUCCUAGCACCUAAUGCUGGUGAAAUUAUCCAAGGAUAUGCUUUAGCAUUGAAAUUAGGUGCAACCAAAGAGAGCCUUGAUGCAUUGGCCGUUACAUUUCCGACUGUUGGAGACUUCCUGAACGAUUUAUCAAUAACAGUGACUUCUGGUGAAGAAAUAGGUAUCAGAUAAAAAUGUGUUGAUUAAAAACAAACAAAAAUU